CAUUUGAAGACAUUCCAUCGCCGACACCAUCAAUUCCAUCAUCACAUCAUCGACUUUAUCUGACUUAUUUCAGAAAUUCACAUGACGAGAUUGCAGCCUGGGUCUCCGAUCAUAAACGCUACUGGUCUUGCUGUCUCGAUUCGAAAAGCGAAGAGGCAGAGAAUUGA